AUGUUGGGUGAACCCCCCGAUAUUGCAGACGCACAUCCCUCCCCGGACGGCGGCGUGGCUGCCGGACAUGAGGGCGCGGCAGGGCUGCCAGGGUGCUCUGUGCACUGCGCGGUGGUGCCGGAGGCACGGCAUGAGGGGCUGCAGGAUCACGAGUUGGCUCUGUACCUGGCGUUGGAUGAAUUGGAUACGUGGGACCAGCGGCUCAGCGGAGACGAGGGGGCGGCACCGCUGGAGGUGGAAGUUGACGAGCAGCAGCAGCAGCAGCAGCAGCAGCAGGAACAGCAGCAGGAACAGCAGCAGGAACAGCAGCAGGAACAGCAGCAGGAACAGCAGCAGAAACAGCAGCAGGAACAGCAGCAGCAGCAGCAGCAGCAGCAGCAGCAGCAGCAGCAGCACGUGCUGGUGUCACCGGCAGAGCAGGAGGAAGGACAGCUUGCAGUGCCACAGGAGCAGCAUCACGAGUUCCUGCCAGCAGACGAGGGGGGUGCCACUAUCCAGCAAAACGGCGGCGUGAUCGAGGCGGUUGAGCCCUCGGAGCAGCGGCAAGAGGUGCAGGAGGGGUGGCUUGUCGUGGCGGGUGCAGCAGGGGACGACGAGCAGCGCGCCCUCGACAAGGGCACGUUCAACGCCGCCGCUGAUGCGGCCAGGCUGUAUGAGGACGCCGUCACCACGGCCGGUGUCCUGUACUGCUUGCAUUGCCUCUACCACACGCAGCACUGCGCACCCCCUGCUGCCGCAUACGUGCCGCUGCCCCUGCUUCGCCUUCUGUCCGCGCGCGCCAGCGGCUUGGUGGCCGCGGGCGCUGCUGACGCUGCCCUCGUGCUCCGCACGCUGCUGCGCGGCGCGGCGCUCGUCGCCGGCGCGGCGCGGCGCUCGCUGCCGCGGCUGGCGCUGCGGCGGGCAGAAGUGUCCCGCAUGUCAGGGCGCCACGGCGGCGAUGGGGAUGGCGGCGUGCCGAUGUGGGCGGUGUCACAGGAGGUGCAGCGCGAGGCCCUGUUCCACAUCAAGGCCGCUCUCAAGGGCCUGGCCAACUUCCGAAGGCUGCAGGCGCUCUGCGACGAUUACUCGGAGGCGAGGGCAGUGGUGUUUGGGCCCCUGGGUGCGUGUGCAGCCAUGAAGUUUCAACUGGACGGCUUGACGGUGUACUUCCCCUAUGAGUUCAUAUAUCCUGAGCAAUACAACUAUAUGGCGGAGCUGAAGGCGGCGCUUGACGCCCGGGGCCAUGUGCUGCUGGAGAUGCCCACGGGUACUGGCAAGACCAUCACCCUGCUGUCCCUCAUCACCAGCUACCAGCUGGCCCACCCAGAGGUGGGCAAGCUGGUGUACUGCACCCGCACAGUGCCUGAGAUGGAGAAGGUGCUGGCUGAGCUGAGGGAGCUCGUGGCCUACAGGAACAAGUACCUCGAGCCCAGCCCGCCCUCUAUCCUGGCGCUGGGCCUCAGCUCGCGCAAGAACCUCUGCAUACACCCCGUUGUGGCAGAGGAGGGCUCGCGCGAGAGCGUCGACGCCGGCUGCCGGCGGCUGACCGCAGCCUGGGCGCGGGAGCGGGCUGCGCGCGACUCCAGCAUCGAGCUAUGCGACUUUUUCGAGCAGCACCAGGCCGCUGGGCAGGAUGCGCUGCUGCCACCAGGCGUGUACACGCUGCACGACCUGCGGGCUUUCGGCCGCAAGAAGGGGUGGUGCCCCUACUUCCUGGCGCGCCACAUGAUGGCGUUCAGCAACGUCAUCGUCUACAACUACCAGUACAUGCUGGACCCCAAGGUCUCACAGAUGGUGUCGCGCGAGCUCGAGAAGGAGUGCAUCGUGGUGUUUGACGAGGCCCACAACAUCGACAACGUCUGCAUCGAGGCGCUGUCAGUGAACCUGAGGCAGCAGACGCUCAGGGCGGCGCGCGGCAACAUCACGAAGCUGGAGACCGCUGUGCGUGACGCCCAGCGUGCCAACAAGGCCAAGCUCGACGCCGAAUACCAGAGGCUGGUGCAGGGCCUUGUCACGUCGGGGCAGCUGCGUGGCGGCGAGGAGUGGCUGGCCAACCCGGCGCUGCCGGAGGACGUCGUGCGCGACAGCAUGCCGGGCAACAUCCGGCGCGCCGAGCACUUCCUGGGCUUCAUGCGGCGGUUCGUGGCGCACCUGGCUGACGUCAUGCGGACGCCCCACGUGACGAGUGAGGGGCCCGCGUCCUUUCUGGCCAAGGUGCAGGAGGCCGUGAGGGUGGACGCCAAGACUCUCAGGUUUUGCUACGACCGCCUGAGCAGCCUGCUGAAGACGCUAGAGGUCACAGACACCGACGAGCUGACACCCCUGCAGCUGGUGGCAGAUUUCGGGACGCUGCUGGGCACGUACCAACAGGGGUUCUCCAUCAUCAUGGAGCCCUAUGAUGAGCGCCUGCCACACAUACCCGACCCCGUGCUGCAGCUCAGCUGCCUGGAUGCGUCCCUGGCCAUGCGACCGGUGUUCUCCAAAUUUCAGAGCGUGGUCAUCACCAGCGGCACACUCAGCCCCAUGAACCUUUACCCCAAGAUUCUGGGGGUCACCCCGGUGUCGACUGUGGCCCUCAACAUGACGCUGGCACGCGACUGCGUCUGCCCUGUCGUCGUCACGCGCGGCGCUGACCAGACCCCCAUAUCAACGCGUUACGAGUCGCGCCUGGACCCCGCCAACGUCCGCAACUACGGCCGCCUGGUGGUGGACCUGGCCGGCUCCGUGCCUGACGGGCUAGUGGUCUUCUUUGUAUCGUACUCCUACAUGGAUUACGUCAUCAGCAAGUGGCACGACAUGGGAAUCCUGCGUGAGGUCAUGGCCCACAAACUGAUCUUCAUUGAGACACAGGAUGUGAUGGAGACGACCCUGGCCCUGGACAACUUCCGCAGGGCCUGCGACAGCGGCAGGGGCGCGGUCUUCUUCAGCGUCGCGCGCGGCAAGGUGGCGGAGGGCAUCGACUUUGACCGGCACUACGGCCGCGCCGUCGUCAUGAUCGGCGUGCCCUACCAGUACACGCUCUCCAGGGUGCUGCGUGCGCGGCUGGAGUACCUGCGGGCGACCUUCAACAUCCAGGAGUCUGAUUACCUGUCGUUCGACGCCCUGAGGCAGGCGGCGCAGUGCAUGGGCCGCGUCAUCCGCAGCAAGGCGGACUACGGUCUGAUGGUGCUGGCUGACAAGCGCUACCAGCGCGCCGACAAGCGCGACAAGCUGCCGCCCUGGAUCACGCAGCACCUGAAGGCGAGGCCCGGCACAACUGCACGGCUUGCCACCGUCCCUCCUCCCACCAAACCCCGCCUGCUUGUGGACGCGCACCUCAACCUGAGCACGGACAUGCUGCUGGUGGUCACGCGCGACUUCAUGCGCGCCAUGGCGCAGCCCUACGACCGCGGCCAGAUCGGCAAGAGCCUCUUCAGCCACGAGCAGGUGGAGGCGCUGGAGGAGGUGCGGCAGGGGAGGAAGCGCGCGGCGCAGGCGGCUGCGGAGCGGGAGCGGGCGGCGGCAGCGGCGGCGGCGGGGUUGGGCAAGGCGGCAGCGGGUGCAGGUGGGGUCGAGGCGAUGCAGCGCCGCGCGACCAUUGUUUCGGCGGGCGAGGAGAAGCGCGGCGUCCGAGGCCUGGAGGAUUUCGUGCUCGGCGGUCCCAAGCUGCGGAAAUGGUACGGGCAGGAGGACGAGGUCAGGAUCCGUGACGGCGGCGCAGCAGAGGGGCCCGCAGAGAGCGACGGCGCGGGCGAGGACGGCGGCCCGAAGGACGUAGUGCUUGUGACUGAUGGCGAGUCGAGCAUGGGGGAGCAGGUGGUGCUGCAGCUGAUCCUGGCCAGGGCCAAGGUGCGCAUGCUGGCCAACGAUGUGGCGGCGGCCAAGGCCGGCUACGGGCCCUACGUGGAGCCCAUCUCUGCUGACAUCAGCGGCGGCGGCGGCCUGGCCCGCGCUCUGCGCAACGUGCGCUGCGUGAUCGCGCUUGGGCGGCUGGGGAAGCUGCUGCCAGCGGCGCAGCAGGCGGGGGUUGAGCACAUUGUGCUUCUGUCCACGGCGGGCAUGCCGCAGCCUGGCGGCCUGGCGGCGCUGUUCGGCGGCGGCGGCGACGCAGGACUGCGGGAGGAGGCGCGAGAGCUGCAGCUGGCCGCCAGCGGCCUGCCACACGUGGUCGUCAAGACGGGCGCCAUCCGCGACGUCCCCGGCGGCAGCAGCGCCCUGGCGUUUUCAGGCGACGUGAGGAGCGGGGGCGGCGGGGCCGCCCAGGGCAUCAGCCGGGAGGACCUCGCGUGUGUCCUGGCGCGGGUGGCGCUGGACGUGCAGCUGCCGGCAGAGGGGGCGUCGACGGUGGUGGUCGCGGCGGCGGGGCCGGGGCGGCCGCCGGAGGACUGGGCGGCGGCGCUGCAGCCGCUUGUCGCGGCAUAA